CGGUUGUUGGGGCAAAUUUUGGGGGAGGGGUGUCUGUCUGACCUCUUUGUGAAAGGGAUUAGCCUGCUCUAUUAAUCUGUGAUUACUCUGACUGUCCGAGCGCGGGGUAAAGCUGUGCACGUGGAGCUGUGGAGACCUCAGCACAGACUCACUCAGUGUGGCGAAACUCAUCCUGUCCAUCACAAGCCUGUUCCAUCCAUGUCACACCAGUCUUAAACAACCACACUCAUUCAGACUGCUUCCCAAAGUAAAGGUCACAUUUUCUCCUGCACAUGCGUCAGAGCAGCACAUUCCCAAUCGUUCCCGCCUCGCCGAGCUUUUGGAAUUCCUCCACUCAAAGGAGUGAAAAGAGGCUCCAGCCUUCAAGGAGGGAGGAGCAGGCUGAAGUUUCUCAGCUCCUCCAGCCAUUCAUCCUCACAUGUAACAAACGGCUGGCAAACCAGCCAUUCAGCAGAUGAUUAGUUCUCACUCCGCUAAGCCUCGGCUAGUUUCUACACUUGUUUUGCACCUUCAGAGAUGCUUUCAAGUCCAGUCGCUACACAUUGUGGGGUGUAGUUAACAGUGUCAGCGUGAUUAAAAAAUACCUCUGUGUUUUUGUGCCUCUGUGUUGUUUUGUUGGUGUGAAUGUGGGCGUGUUUAAGGUGGGACAUCAAGAGGCCGUUUUUUUCUCUGAUCUGUUAAUGCUUUAGCGAGCAGGAGCCAUAAAAAGAGUGGGUGUUUGUUUGCUUGACAAAGACGAGGCAGAGUGGCCACCUGUUUCCUACUUUCUACAGAUAUAGAUAAAUCAGAUCAGUUCGUUCACACAACAUCCAGAAAUUUGUCUGGCAGACUUUCUGGUUUGGAUUCAAAGCAAAAAUAAAUAAUCAUAGUUAAGCAGAGAUGCUGCAGGCGUGUUCACAGAAUUUGCUAGGUGAUAGGAAAAGUUGCAAUAAAAUAGCAAUGCUCUGCUAAGGUAGGCCAUUUGUCUUUUUUUUCACCAGCGUGUGUUUUUGGGCUGAGGAAAUUGAACUUUUGUCAGAGAAGUUAUGUGGUUCUUGAAAACUGAACGUUAAAAGACAUUUUGGUCAAUCUGAAGUAUGUUUUUGUUUAUAAUUCAUAAUGUUACCCAUGCAGAGAUAGCUUCCUGAUUGGUUACUGUUUGAAGAAAUAGAGUUUACAUCUUAUCGGGCUAAUGAGGGAGCUGCAUAGCGGUGCAGUUGGUGGCAUUAGCAUGUUCUCCUCAUGAAUGUGUGGGUUUUCUCCAGCUACUCUGGUUUCCUCUCACAGAGAAGAAACAUGCAUCAGGUUAAUCGGGGGACUUUAAAUUGUCGCUAGGUAUGAGUGAAUGAUUGGUUGCAUGUCUCUGGGAUGGACUGGUGACAGGGUGAGUGUGUGUGUGUAUGUGUGUGUUAGUGAGUGAUAACUGUGCAAUGCAAAACUGGCAGAAGCGCAAAGGUUUAUAAGAUACCGUCACCUGAACCACUGUGAUAUUUAGAAAAUUGGAGCUAUUUUGGAUAUGCUCAAACUAGCCGUUAGCUUAUCAGCUCUGUAGCACAUAUGCAUUAUUUCUCCAAACAAGGCAUUGAGGAUGUUAUCUGUUAAUUGUAGGAUAGAAAUUAUUUAUAUAUUCUACAGAAACACUUGUCUGGAAUGUCUGGUGUGUUGUUUAAAGAUAAUUUAAUUAGGUUUCAGUACAUUUUUCAAUAUGAGUUCAUGCUGACUGUGUUUGUUUGCAUGCAAAUUUCUCCUGAACUGAAGUUUGCAUUUUAGCUUUUUCAUAAAAACAUUUUCUUUUUUUUUUCUUUUAUUUAAUCUCAAUUUGUUUUAUUCAAAUAAAAGAUUUUACAUUUACAGCUGCACACUUUGAUCAUCUGGAAUCUGACAGAAUUUAUCAUAAAUUGAUAUAUUUGAAAAGAAAAUGACUUUAAAGCUGGAGGGAUUUUACACAGAUGUGUUUUGCUUGUCUGGAUUUACGGGGUAAAAGGGCUUGUACCUGGAAGUAUGAGUGCCUAAUUCCUCUGAAGACUGUAUGAUCCCUGAAGUCUUCCUGCCAAAUAUGAUCGAUGGGUUAACUUGCAUUGCAGGGCUGUAAGUCAGCCGCCGCACACGUAGCUGAUAGGAAAUACUAGGAGAGUAAAUACCGACAGGAGAGAUAAGAGCUGGUGAGCCGCUUCCUCUUGUUGCAGUGUUACGUCUGCAGCAGCAGGCGGGGAUUGGUUCCAUCUUCAGCUCCCCCAUAUGGCUCCUUGCAACAACACCUGCUGUUUGCAUAUUAAACUUGAUUUACAUCUUGUCUCUAAUCAUAUGCUUAUUUUUACAUUUUAACCUCAGAUCAGUUGCAAUAAUAUGACACCUGAAUUGGCUCACCGUCGAUGUCUGCAGGUGUUUUUUAUUUGCGCAUCAAUAGAAGCUGGAGGGUUGCCUCAGGUGGUGUGUCUACCUGCAGAUUACAUGUUUUAUAGUCCUGUAAUUAUUCAUCCAAAAGCCCAUUGACAAAUUUGUUUUAAUUGGCUCCUCCUUCUUUGAUACAAACAUGUAGCCUCCUCCUGCUCCUCCUCCUCCUCCUCCUCCUCCUCAUCUUCCUCCUCUUCCAUGCCCCUUAAUUACAAUGACUAGUUUGAUGGAUUAAGUCUACUGCAUCCCUGCAAAGCUGAGGUUAGGGGGGCUAAAACUGCCACUUCACCUGAGCGUGUUUCAGUUGCCACAUUGUCGACUCUCCCAUCGCAGCGGCGGCUGCUUUAAAUGAAUUGAUUGAGGCUUCUUUUACUCGUUGCUCUGGACUCGGGCCAAGACACAGGCUGUCUAGCACAUUAGGCACCACCCCCCUUUGCAAGUUUGAAAUGUGAGCUGCCUGCAUUUUUUUCUUCCCUCCCCUCCCCUCCCCUCCAUGCUCUCCCUUCUGGCAAAGUGGCUGUGGCUCCUUCUGUGUGAUGUGUGUAUUGGGAGAGCAAGCAAUGGAUCACUAGACAGAAAAAGAAGAUACAUCAAUAACAGCUGCAUACAUCCGAGCACUUCUGUCUUCGUGGUGUGAGGAACUGGGACGCCUCCUCCUCCUCCGUCACCAGAAGAACAGACAGAACGAGCCUCCAGGGAAAGUACCCAUGCAGCCCCCGAUGAAUUCCAUGAAGCCCGGGCUCUCACACGGAGAUGGUUCUUUUCCCUACGACUCAGUACCAUGGCAACAAAACACCAACCAGCCUCCAGGUUCAGUGUCUGUGGUGACCACUGUCUGGGGUGUGACCAACACAUCACAAAGCCAGGUGUUGGGGAAUCCCAUGGUCAACAGCAACAACCCCAUGAACCCUGGGGGCAAUCCUCUGGGUUCGGGCAUGUCUGGUAACAAUCCGGGUAUGAAUUCUCCUCAGUUCCCCGGUCCACAGCAGCAGUUCCCAAACAAAGGCAACUCAAAUCAGGGCUACAUGCAGCAGGGUAUGUACGGACGACCCAACUACCCUGGAGGGGGAGGUUUCGGUGGCAAUUACCCUGGAGGGCCAAGUGCUGGACCUGGUGGGAUGGGCAUCCCCUCAAACUCCCGUCCUCCAUCGGAUUUCACCCAGCCUGCUGCAGCUGCUGCUGCAGCUGCAGUUGCUGCAGCUGCUGCCACCGCAACUGCCACCGCCACAGCUACCGUAGCAGCCCUGCAGGAAACCCAGAACAAGGACAUGAACCAAUAUGGACCGAUGAGUUCUUCUUUCCAGAUGGGACCAAACCAGGCAUACAACAGCCAGUUUAUGAAUCAGCCUGGACCCCGCGGCCCUCCAUCUCUCCCUGGAAACAUGGGUGCAGGGAUGACUGCAUCCAACAUGAGCGGCCCCCCGAUGGGUAUGAACCAACCCAGGGGCCAAAGCAUGGGGCCUUUUGGAGCUCAUGGCCAAAGGAUGCCGCAGCAGGGCUACACGGGGCCCCGGCCUCAGGGGAUGGGUAUGCAAGGCAUGAAAAGACCAUACCCAGGAGAGCCAAACUAUGGUGGACAGCAGUAUGGACCAAACACCCAAUUCCCCAACCAGCAGGGGCAGUACCCCACAACCAACACCUCUAGGCCGCUGCCUUCUCCCAACUACCCAGGUCAGAGGAUGCCAGGACAGCAGCUCCAAGGGCAGUACCCAGCACAUGGGGGUCCCAUGGGCCAAUACUAUAAGCAAGAGCCACCUUUCAAUGGUCAAACUAAUAAUUUUCCUGGGAGCGGCUAUCAGUACAACCAGGCUAACAUGAACGGGCCUCCAAGACCAGUGGGUAACUACCCCCACUCCCCAGUGCCAGGUAAUCCCACCCCUCCGAUGACACCAGGGAGUAACAUCCCUCCAUACUUGUCACCGAACCAGGAUGUGAAGCCGCCCUUCCCUCCAGACAUCAAACCAAAUAUCACAGUUCUCCCUCCCCCUCCAGCCAACCACAACGAGGAGCUGCGCCUAACGUUCCCAGUGCGGGAUGGGGUUGUCUUAGAGCCCUUCAGACUAGAACACAACCUGGCUGUCAGCAACCAUGUCUUCCACUUACGGCCCUCUGUGCACCAAACGCUAAUGUGGAGAUCGGACCUUGAGCUGCAGUUUAAGUGCUACCACCACGAAGACCGUCAGAUGAACACCAACUGGCCAGCAUCGGUCCAAGUCAGCGUCAAUGCCACACCUCUAACAAUCGAGCGUGGUGACAACAAGACAUCACACAAACCUCUGCACUUGAAGCAUGUGUGCCAACCAGGAAGGAACACUAUCCAGAUCACGGUCACUGCCUGCUGCUGUUCACACUUGUUUGUGCUGCAGCUAGUACACAGGCCAUCGGUCCGCUCUGUCCUGCAGGGUCUUUUGAAGAAGAGGUUACUUCCUGCAGAGCACUGCAUAACCAAAGUCAAGAGGAACUUCAGCAGUGUGGCAGCAUCAACAGGAAACUCCGCGCUUAAUGGGGAGGACGGUGUGGAGCAGACGGCCAUCAAGGUCUCCCUCAAAUGUCCAAUCACUUUCAGACGAAUACAACUUCCAGCGAGAGGCCAUGACUGCAAACAUGUUCAGUGUUUUGAUUUGGAAUCAUAUUUACAACUGAACUGUGAGCGGGGAACAUGGCGGUGUCCAGUGUGCAAUAAAACUGCAUUGUUAGAAGGACUCGAGGUGGACCAGUACAUGUGGGGAAUUCUGAAUGCCAUUCAAAAUUCUGAGUUUGAAGAGGUCACGAUUGACCCUACAUGUAGUUGGCGGCCGGUGGCGAUCAAAUCAGACAUCCACAUCAAGGAGGAUCCGGAUGGGCCAAUCUCUAAGAGGUUUAAGACAAUGAGUCCCAGUCAGAUGAUCAUGCCCAAUGUGAUGGAUAUGAUCGCUCAGCUUGGACCCGGACCAUCGCCGUACCCAUCGCUUCCCUCGGGGCAAGGAGGCAACAACAGCGAAUACGGAAUGCAAGGCAACAGUUAUCCAGGACACGGGAACUUUGACUUCCCCCACAGCACCCCAGGUGGUACAUCCAUGAAUGACUUCAUGCACGGUCCCCAACUGUCUCACCCACCAGAUAUGCCCAACAGCCUGAUGACGCAAGACAAACCCCUAUCCCACAGCAUGCCUGACUCGAUACCUCAUUCUGCCGGCCCAGACCAGACGCACGGCCUAUUACAGCAAACCUUACAUGCCUCUCCGCACCCCGGGAGCCAAUCGGGGCCUCAGUUACACCACAGUGGGCCUCCUCAGCCCUCACGACAAGCUCCACCCCCUCAGCAGCAACCGCAGCCGCAACCACAGCAGCAACCACAGCAGCCUGGUCCCAACACCCACCCCCACAGCGACCUGACCUUCAACCCCUCCAGUAGUUUGGACAGUCAAGCAGGGUCAGACAUGCCUGAGCCAUCGUUAGACCUUCUUCCUGAACUCGCCAACCCAGAUGAACUGUUGUCUUACCUUGACCCCCCAGACCUCCCCAGCAAUAGCAACGAUGACCUCCUGUCACUCUUCGAAAGCAACUGAGGCAUUUUCAGACACAAACUUUUCUGAUUGCCCUGAAGCUUCCCCGAGAAACUAUGGCAGUUACUCAGUACUUGAUAAACACAAAGAUGCACUCCCUUUCUCUUCUUCCUCUUGUACAAUUUUUCCUUCGCCAGCGCAGAUUGACUAAAACAUUUUUCAAACUCAAGAGACACGGCAGGAUAUGGCGGAGUUACCACGCCCUCCCACCCUGUGGUGAUACCUUUGACUGUGCAGCUAUAGUUCAUUUCUUUUUUUUUUUUACACCAUGCAUAUUUGUAUGCUCAUUAGGAAUGUGUUGUAGCAUUUUAUAAAUACGUUUGGUUUCCUUUUGAAGAAGAAACAAACAAAAAAAUGUUGUUUAAAGCAGAACAGAAAAAACACCAAUAUCUGGCCAGUGUGUGUUCUGUUUUGUAGUGUCAUCGCUCCAUUCCCUGACUGGUCUGGUUAGUCGCACUGUUUUCUCCACCACGCAUCAUAUAUAAAGCACAAGAAAUUCUGGCAAUGCAAAAAAAAAACACACACACACACACACAAAACAAAACAGUCUUCACAAAAAGCAAAAGAUCACAUUAUGUCUAAAUAUUUUCUAGAGAUGUGUCGCAAACCUUUUAGAAUGGUAUUUGGAACCGAUCGGCUUUAAAUUUAUCAACGGUUGUGCUGGAUUUUAAUCUUUUUUGUGAGAGCAUUUUUCCCAGAAAACAUUUAUAUUGCAAGAAUUACAUAUCUGGUCUUCUACACGUUGCAUAGUUAAUGUCCUCCUUUAAAGAGAAGUGUUAUCCUCUCAUUUUUUUAAAUGAAAGGUGCAUCAUGAGAGAUUGGGGUUCCUGUGAUGUUCUUGCUGAGUUUAUUGCUUCCAUCAAUGACUCCUUCCACCUCACCUGCUCUGCAUGAGCCUUGUCGUCAGCACUUUUGCAAAGCUGCAUCUUUCUCUCCUUGUUGAACGAUGUGCUGUUUAAGUAGUGUACAAAGUGCAUGUGUGCCAAGCCCUCGUCUAGUGCGUUUUCAAGUGGUAAGAAAUGGUUGUAUUUUAUUUUUUGUCAGAUUUAGUAGGAUUUUUUGUUUUUGUUUUUAUUUAACACUAACGUUGAAGGGAUACUGCUGGUUUUUGACAUGUAAAUCUGCUGGUUAUUCUGUCUUUAUCUUGUUUUCAUUUUGCUGCAUAAUUAAACAGUCCUAGAAUACUUUUGGUGGAAACUGCUUACCAAAGCUUGAGGAUGAGAAUGAAGAUGUGUGUGUUUGCUUUUUUGAUUGUGUGCAUGCGUGCGUGUGUGUGUGUGUGUGUGUGUGUGUGUGUGUGUGUGUGUGUGUGUGUGUGUGUGUGUGUGUGUGUGUGUGUGUGUGUGUGUGUGUGUGUGUGUGUGUGUGUGUGUGUGUGUGUGUGAGGAAACUGUUUAUCCAUCAAUGCUGUGUAAGAAGUGUUUUUCAAGCAGUAUUGGUGCAAGCUUUUUUUCUAUUUGCCACAUUUGUUUUUGUUUUCACCUUUUGAGAAGAGUGCUGUUCCAUAUGCAAAUGUAUUAUUUUUUAAGAAAUGCUAUUGUACUGUACAUAAUAUCAUUGUGAAUAUUUUUGUAUCAUCUCAAUAAUGUUUGUCCUUCUAUCACUAGUCGUCCAAUCGAAACACUCCCAAACCUGACCUCUGACUUUCUAACCAGCUGCCUCACCUCUCCAUCCAGAGGAAACCAGUUUGAACAUCUCAUAAGCUAUUCUCUACACUUCCUCCUGUUUGUCACUGUGCAGACAUUACUAUCUGUUUUGUCCUUGUGUGUUUUUGUUUUGUUAUCACCUUCUUUUGCUUCAGCUUUUUUCUCAGAUAGCUCACUCGGUUUGAUGCAAUCCUGUCUUUCAGGCAAGAUGCAUGCAUCAAAACUCUUAAAUUUAUGUCAACAUUUUUCUAAAAAGAGGUGACAUCAGCUGACUUUCAGUGUAAUUAACCAUCUUUGUGAAUAUCAUAAUUGUUGCUAAAUGUCAAUACACAGUGGUAUUUAAAAAUGUAUUGCAACCAUAUUUUAAUUAAAUCCAUGAUAUUGUUUAUAUUUUUGUUAUGAGAAAAAUGUGGCUUUUUUAAAAGCAUGAGACCAUAAACCUUUUUAGCCCCCUUUUUUCUUUUUGGUAAAUUAUUUUGUACCAUUUUUAUCGUAUUAAUCUGUAAGGCUAGAAAUCCAAUUUUUUUCCACUUUAGCAUCAUGCUUGAUUAACCAGUCAUUUUAAAUAAGCAUUCUUUUUUAUGUAAUUUAAAAACUAUUAUUCACCCCAGCUCAGAGUGCUGAGACAAGGAGAUGUUGCAUCAUUCAACAUUACACUGCCACAUUUUUUUUAACCCCCAAAUAAUCCCACAGAAGUCAUCCUCACUUCAUAGUUCUUACUUUAAAGUGAACCAGUCUGGUGUUUAUUGCAGCACCAGAGUGUGUAGUUGCACAAUCACAAUAAAGGGCCAUUUCUCUGGGGGAUGUUUAGAAAAAAAUUUGGGAGGGUAUGUUCACAAGUCUGGCCUAAAACAGAGGCAGAGGGCAAGACUUGUUAAACGUCCCAAGGAUGCUUGUAUAUAUGUAUAUUACUAUAGAGACACAUGAACAUAAAUUAAUUCAUUUUCUUCGGGAAUGUGCAUUGUUUCUACUCGAUAAUAAAAAAUUAAAAAAAAAAAGCUUGCAACCCCCUCUACUGGAAGUGGCUGAAUGUGGAAAAUGCAACAUGUUCGUGUCUGUUGGUAUUUCAGCAUUUUGUUACCCUUCCCCCUCUGUAAUAUACUUUCACCUCUUUUGUUAGGCGAACUGGGACAGCUGUGUUUUACACGUACUAUUUAGCCUAAGUGUUCUAGUCUCACCGGCAUACUCUGAGGUGCUGAAGCUAAAAGAGAAAACAAGUAAAUAUAAAUAAGAAAAAUAAGGUUACAAAGAAAACCACUUAGAGUGAGGAAGAAUUAUAGCGGAAGCGGAUGAGUCCAGAAGAUUGUAACCAGAUCCAUAGUUUGUACAAUUUUUGAUAUCAUGAACAGUUGGGAAAAUAAGAACAAUCUACAGUGAUUCAAUGUGGCCAUUGUCUCCAUGUUUGUACAUUGUAUGUACAAUCAUUUCAUACUUUAAACUGGUCAGAAAACAAAGGAACUAAUUGUGAUUUUUAGUCUUGCAGAACUGUAUGUAGUUAGAUGAUGUGACAACCUAAUAUUUAUCUAAUAAAUAUGUAUACAGAUGA